AUGCUCGGCAAGAUCGCACUCGAGGAGGCCUAUGAGAUGGCCGGCAUGGAGGCCAAGUCUCAACGUGAAGCGGCCCUCUACAUCGCGAAGGAUGACCGCACUCGUUACAUGAGACAAAUCAGUGACAUCAAUGACGAGCGUGUGAAGCUUGCCGAUGACCAUGGUAUCGGUUACACUAUCGUGUCCCUCACUGUCCCCGGUAUUCAGGGAAUCUCGGACAAGGCCGAGGCUGAGCGCCGCGCUACAGAGGUCAACAACUGGGUCGCCGAGCAGAUCAAGUCCAAGCCCGACAAGCUUGGUGCAUUUGCUUGCCUGUCCAUGCACGACCCCGUCCAAGCUGGCAAGGAGCUCACCCGCUGCGUCAAGGAGCUCGGCUUCCAUGGGGCAUUGCUCUGCGACUUCCAGCACUCCGGCAAGAAUGGCGAGGACUACCUCUUCUACGACCAGCCCCAGUACGACGCCUUCUGGAAGGUCCUCACGGAGCUCGAUGUGCCACUGUACAUUCACCCUGCCGCCCCUGCAGACGUUGUGUACGACAAGCUCUACGCCCAGCGCAAGUCCCUCAUCGGACCCCCUCUGUCUUUCGCCAACGCCGUGAGCCUGCACCUGAUGGGUCUCAUCGUCAACGGUGUGUUCGACCGCCACCCCAAGGCCAAGGUUAUCGUGGGCCACUUGGGCGAGCACAUCCCCUUCGACUUCUGGCGCAUCAACCACUGGCUGGAGGACGUCAAGCGACCUAUUGCUCAGGAGGAGGGUAAUGAUCGGUAUUGUAAGAAGACAAUCUACGAUUAUUUUAAACAGAACAUCUGGGUCACCACCUCAGGCCACUUCUCCAGCCAUACGCUCAAGUACGUGGUCGACGAGAUCGGCGCCGACCGCGUCCUGUUCAGUGUCGACUACCCCUACGAGACGAUCGAGAACUGCUCUGCUUGGUGGGACGGCAAGGCCGACGAGGUUAAGGCUGCUGUUGGUGGCGUUGAGAACUACAAGAAGAUUGGUAGGGACAAUGCGAAGGCGCUUCUGAAGCUGGGUAAGUUCCAUGAUUCUGAGGCCCCUGUGUCCUAG